CCAGUUCAGCGAGCAAACUAGCAUAGUUGCACAUUCCUCGUCACUCGAUGUAGAAAGAAUUGCAAGAGCUGUUUUUUCCCCCCAAACCAUGCAGGAUUCUCGAUAGCGAUAAUACGUUACGAUGUAUCUGCAUUGUACACGUUGUAUUCAACAAUGAACUGCAACUAAACCAGGACGGGAUUUAUAAGCAUUAAAAAAAAAUGUUUUUUUAAUCUCCCGUCCGACAGGAAUUCCCAGGAAACUUUGUCGCCGAAACUUUCCAGCAAAGUUAAAUGCGUUUUGUUUUCUUCAUGUAGCUGCAGUGCAAAACAUUUGAGGAACAGACUCCCGAAAGUUGAAUUUUUUUCCUCUCGCUGAGCGAGAAUAGGCUAAUAUUUACGUAUGGAUCUUAAGGGAUGAUUUUUAAGGGGUACUUUUUUUUCUUUUUUUCUUCAGUUUUGUUCGUUUUUGUUUUGUAUCUACCUCUGAAAUUCAGCAGGUAAAGGGGGUCGAAGCCGCACUGUUCAACCCUCGCUCGGACGGAGCGGUAGAAAAACAACACAGCAGAGCUUGCCACUGCAAAUCUGGGUGUCUUUUUGUUUUUACCUUUUUGAACUUUAAAACCUGUUUAUGUGGAUUAUAUGAAAAUAUCUUCCGAUUUUUAACGAUGGAAAGUGGAGCGAUUCCCAGAAUGUAUUUUAACGCGAAGAUUUGAAACCGUGGGAACAGAAUAAAGGCAAAGUUUAUGAGAAACAAGCGAAAGCGCGCUACUGCAAGAUUCUGCUUGUUUCCACGACGCGAAGACGGGGAUAUUACAAAUCAUUUGAAACAUAUUUUUAUUUUCAAGGGGAUUAAGAGAAUUUUAGUGACUUACAAAAAUGCCACAGCUGAACGGCGGCGGAGGAGAUGAUUUGGGGGCUAACGAUGAGAUGAUCUCCUUCAAAGACGAGGGAGAGCAAGAGGAGAAAAUUUCCGAAAAUGUAUCUGCCGAGAGAGAUCUGGACGAUGUUAAGUCAUCCCUCGUAAACGAGUCGGAAAAUAACAGCAGUUCCUCAGACUCUGAGCAAGCGGAGAGGCGUCCCCAGCCAAGGCAAGACUCGGAAAGUUACGAGAAACCCCGAGAUUACUUUACCGAAGCCUUAAGAAGACAGCAAGAUGGAGGCUUUUUUAAGAGCCCCUCUUAUCCUGGAUAUCCGUUUCUAAUGAUCCCAGAUCUUACGAACCCCUACCUAUCCAACGGGUCCCUGUCUCCCAGUGCGAGAACGUACCUGCAAAUGAAAUGGCCCCUCCUUGAUGUUCCGGGCACAGCGGGCCUUAAAGACUCCCGAUCUCCUACCCCAGGACACUUAUCAAACAAGGUCCCAGUGGUUCAGCACCCUCACCACGUGCACCCGCUGACGCCCCUCAUCACCUACAGCAAUGAACACUUCUCCCCUGGGACUCCUCCUUCACACCUCUCCCCAGAGAUCCUCGACCCAAAGACAGGAAUCCCCCGAGCGCCCCACCCCUCCGAACUCUCACCCUACUACCCUUUGUCACCUGGUGCCGUUGGACAGAUCCCCCACCCGCUGGGCUGGCUGGUCCCACAACAGGGUCAGCCCAUGUACUCCUUACCCCCAGGGGGGUUCAGGCACCCCUAUCCUGCACUGGCCAUGAACGCAUCCAUGUCAAGUUUGGUCUCCAGUCGCUUCUCACCACACAUGGUGCCCCACCCCCCCCACAGCCUGCACCAGACUGGCAUCCCACAUCCUGCCAUCGUCUCCCCUGCCAUCAAGCAGGAGCCCAACCACGGCACCGUCAGCCCCACUGCGCACUCGAAGUCCCCAGGGCCAGUGAAGAAGGAGGAGGACAAGAAGCCACACAUCAAAAAACCACUCAACGCCUUCAUGCUCUACAUGAAGGAGAUGAGGGCCAAGGUGGUGGCAGAAUGUACCCUCAAGGAGAGCGCGGCCAUCAACCAGAUCCUGGGCAGGAGGUGGCAUUCUCUGUCACGGGAAGAACAGGCCAAGUACUACGAACUGGCAAGGAAAGAGCGACAACUCCACUCACAGUUGUACCCUGGUUGGUCAGCACGAGAUAAUUAUGGCAAGCGGAAAAAGAGGAAGAGAGAGUCCAAACAGCAAGAGACAACAGCAGAAGACAAUUUCUCAUCGCGAAACAAGAAGCAGUGUGUACAGUACCUGCCGCCGGAGAAAAUGUGCGACAGCCCAGCCUCCUCUCACGGCAGCAUGCUGGACUCUCCUGCCACCCCCUCGGCGGCCCUGGCGUCCCCAGCAGCCCCCGCCGCAACUCACUCGGAGCAGGCACAGCCCCUGUCGCUCACAACGAAACCCGAGGGGCGGCCGCAGCACCACUUCCCAAUCCCCGGCAAGCCCUCGAGCUCCGCUUCCUCUUCCUCCUCCUCCUCCUCCUCUUCCACCCAGCCCAGUGUUUCUCUGGCCCUCGGCUCCCCAGUCAGUCAGUCGUCACCCCUUCUCUCCAGGCCCAUCCCCUUCACCUCCCUGCCACCUUCCAUGCUGAGCCCCACUACCUUCCACCAGGCCGCCCUGCAUUCCCAUCAUGCCUUGCUACAGUCCCAGCCCCUGGCCUUGGUAACCAAAUCAACUGACUAAAUAAAAAAAAAAGCAAUUUUUUUAUGCUGUAUAUUGCUUUUUACUUUUUAAUAGAUUUUAGACCAAUU